AUGAACGCAGCCACCACAUAUUCCCCGCCUUAUCAUCGUCGCCACCACCAACACCACCAUUUCCAGCUGCCGCCGCCGCAAUCCCAACCCAGCAUCGUCUCCAUCCCGACCCAGAAAUCAAUCUUAGACCUCCUCAAUUCCAAGCCCGCCACUUUUUCCCUCCAAUCCCUCGCCCAAAUCCACGCCCUCGCCCUCAAAACCGGCCAUUUUCAUGACCACUUCGUCUCCGGCACUCUCCUCAAAUGCUACGCCAAUCCGCGCUUCCACAACCUCGAUUCAGCCAUCCAACUCUUCCGCAACGUCCCUUCUCCUAACGUCUUCGUCCACAACGUCCUAAUCAAAGCCUGCCUCGACAACGGCGAGCCGCUGCAGGCCGUCUGGCUAUACUACGAGCUGAUGAUGAACGAUGCCAAGCCCAACAAGUUCACUUACCCGACUCUGCUCAAGGCCUGCGGCGACGGCGGGAUUGUUGCGGAAGGGAAGCAAGUUCAUUGCCAUGUGGUGAAGCUAGGGUUUGCUGGGGAUGGGCAUGUGAAGAGCGCAGGGAUUCGGAUGUACGGGUAUUUCGGGAUGGCGGCGGACGCGAGGAAGAUGCUCGAUGAUGAAGACGACGACGACGCCGUGUGUUGGAAUGCGAUGAUUGAUGGGUAUUUCAGAGGAAGAAGAAAUGUUGGGUCUUGGAACGCGAUGGUGAGUGGGCUGGCUAGGCGCGGGAAAAUUGAGGAUGCCCGCAACCUGUUCGAUGAAAUGCCCGACAGAGAUGAGAUUUCGUGGAGCGUGGUGAUUGACGGGUACAUCAAGUCCGGAUUUUACAAAGAGGCUUUGGAGGUUUUCAAUACGAUGCAGAGCGAGAGAAUCCGACCGGGUAAGUUUGUGUUGACGAGCGUUCUCGCCGCUUGUGCUCAUCUUGGUGCUCUCGACCAUGGUCGAUGGGUUCAUGCCUACGUUAGGAGGAAGAAGAAAUCGAUUGUCAUGGAUGCCGUGUUGGGAACUGCAUUGCUCGACAUGUACGCGAAAUGCGGGCGGCUGGACAUGGCGUGGGAGGUCUUCGAGAGCAUGAAGGAGAAGGAAGUUUUCUCAUGGAACGCCAUGAUCAAAGGGCUGGCUAUGCACGGUAGAGCUGACGACGCAGUGGAGCUCUUCUUCGAGAUGCAGCGGAGGAAGUUCCGUCCCAAUGGGAUCACAUUCAUAGGAGUUCUCAACGCUUGUGCUCAUUCAGGAGCAGUAGAACAAGCUCUGAAGCUUUUCAACUCCAUGGAGAAUGUAUACAACAUUGAACCAGAAGUUGAGCACUAUGGAUGCUUGGUGGAUUGCCUAGGAAGAUCAGGACGAUUAGAGGAAGCGGAGGAGCUCGUCAACUCCAUGCCAAUAGAACCAAACCCUGCCGUUUAUGGAUCUCUUUUAGGAGCUUGCAGGAUUCAUGGAAAUGCAGAGCUAGGCGAGAGAAUCGGGAGACUUCUCCUCGAGCUGGAGCCGAACAACAGUGGGCGAUACGCAUUGCUGUCGAACAUCUACGCCAAGGCCGAGAGAUGGGACGACGUUGCUGAAGUUAGGAAGCUAAUGAAGGAGAGAGGAGUUAAGACGAACCCCGGGAGCAGCAUGAUCGAGCUGGGGGGUUGCGUCCACGAGUUCAAGAUGGGGGAAGGGUGUCACCCGAAGAUGAAGGAGAUUUACUCGACGCUUAAAGUCAUGAUCGAGAGGCUCGAGAUGGAAGGUUAUGUGCCGAAUACUUCGCAGGUGUUGUUCAAUAUCGAGGAGGAGGAGAAGGAGACUGCGUUGCAGUAUCACAGUGAGAAGCUGGCUAUUGCAUUCGGGUUCAUCAGCACGAAGCCAGGGGAGACCAUAAGGGUGGUGAAGAACUUGAGGGUUUGUGAUGAUUGUCAUUCGGCGAUUAAGCUUAUCUCUCGAGUUUAUGGUCGGGAGAUUGCUCUGAGAGAUCGUGUGAGGUACCAUCAUUUCAGGGAUGGUACUUGUUCUUGUAAAGACUUCUGGUAG